AUGUUCGAUAAACUCCAUACAUUUGUUCCAACUGUAGGAUCUGCGAAAGGCCUCCUGUGGUCUUGUGCGCUCGUGUUUGUGUUGGUUCGUCUUCUUCAUUGGUCUACCCUGCUACCUUUGCAGCUUCGUCAGAUAAGGGUAUUUUGGCUAAUACCGGCCCCAAGAUCCUCUCAAGUGCAUUCCACAACCUCUAAUUGCAUCCUCUGCGCCAUGUUCCAGGACCUUUUUGGGCUAGAGCAAGCGCUAUAUUUGGCUGUGGCAGUCAUUCCAGAUCUAUGGCAAAAGGAUCCGCGUCGCGCCAAAUUUGGUCCUUUUCUGUGAUCCAGAUGCCCAUGCCGCAAUCUAUGGAAUGAAGUCCAAUGUUCGACGAAGCACAUUUUAUGUAGGAUUGACGAAGAACAUUCGGGAAAAAACAACUUUGAACACUAUAGACCCCUCGGAGCACGCCCGAAGACGCAAAGUGCUCAAUACAUGCUUCACCGAUAACUCGGUGACUGCCGUCUCUUCUUUGAUAGGCCAACAAAUCGACCGUUUACACGAGAUUCUGUUGGAUGAGCAUGAUAGUACAACCGAGUGGUUUGUCUCCGUGGACUUUGGUGAGAAAAUAGACCACCUUGCGUUUGAUAUCAUGGGUGAUCUCAGCUUUGGGAGAUCAUUUAAUCUCAAGGAGCCUGGCGAUAAUUCUCUGAGAACUGUGCCACAUAAUAUCAUACAAUACCUUAAGUUUUACUAUCCUGUGAGUGCCAAUCUUUUCAUGACUCUCGGCGAGGUAAUCUUACGGGUCAAGAUAGCAAUUGCUGACAUUCAAUGAAGAUGUGCCGCUCGCCUUUUUUAAGCUCAAUCAACUGGCUCAAGCCUCGCGGCUUGGACCGACUCAUGGAGCUUGUCACCCCGCGACCGGUACAACAAUUCAAUGAAUUUAUUUUUGAUAGUGUUAAAAGACGGGUUGAGCUAUAUGAAAAGGAAGGGGAUGACCACAAGAAUAAGCGUCGCCAAGACAUGCUCUAUUUCUUGUGUAAAGCUCAAGAUCCCAGCACAGGUCACCCAGCUUACACUGAAGACGAGCUUCGCGCAGAGGCUAGUUUACUAGUUAUUGCCGGGUCUGAUACUACAUCUCCUAGCAUCGCUGGCAUCUUCUGGUACAUUGUCAGGGCGCCGAGAUGUUACCAAAAACUUGUCGACGAGCUGCAAAGAACAUUCAAGACAGCAGACGAUGUUGUUUACGGUCCGAAGCUUAUGGGAUGCACGUAUCUCCGGGCAUGUAUCGAUGAGGGAAUGCGUCUUGUCCCACCAGGGCCCUGCGAACCUCCCCGAGAGGUACUUGCUGGAGGUCUUGAUAUUCUAAACAAACAUUACCCCCAGGGCACCAUUGUUGGCACAGCUUCCUGGUGUGAUUCUCUCAAUAUUGAAGUCUACGGAGAUCCAACGGUCUUCCGACCCGAACGCUGAAUUGUAGAUGAGGUUGCAGGAGUUACCAAGGAGAUGGUAGCCGGGAUUCGCUCCAACUUCCACCCUUUUCUAAGUGGUCCUGGUAGUUGUGCUGGGAAGAAUAUAGCACUGGCCGAGAUCUUCCUUUUUGUAUCUCGGACUCUUCUCUGUUUUGAUUUGAGAAAGACACCAGGAUCGACUGUUGGAGAAGGGAAGCCUGAGCUGGGCUGGGCUGAGAGGGAUAGGAAGCAGUUACAAAUAGCAGAUGCAUAUAUCUCACUCAAGCAAGGACCAGAAGUUCAAUUGAGAAAAAGGGAACGCUCUGAAGCAAAUUCUGAUUGA